AUGGACACUCAAAGCAAUACAUCACCUGAGCCAAUCCAGGAUAAAGAUGAGAAACCGUCGGAAACCUUAUCAAAGCAGAUGGACGGUGAUGAGUUGCAAAAGCAGUUGCAGAUAUCUCAAAAGCGUGAAAAUUUAGCUAAUCUGAGAUUGGCAGUUAAAGAGAAGCAAUUACGCGAUCUAUUGGAUGAAAAUGAGUCGAUGAAGCGUAAUGCGAGUGAUGAGAAUAAAGCAGACUGUACAUUAGUUGAUCAAGCAGUUGGGGUGAUGUUCUCAGCAAUGCGUGAUGAAAUUCGUAAAGCGCGUAAGGAUGCUAAAUUAGCGACACUUGAAUUAAGGGCUCUUAAAAAUGGAUCAGAAAGCAGUGAUACGAAGGUAUUAGCAACACUGUGUAAGAAGCUAGAGAAAGAGAACGCCGAACUUAAAAAUGAAGCGACCAGAACAAUUCGUUUAGAAACUAUGUUAAGCUAUUGUCGAAAAACUGUUGAAGGUUUAAGAAAACGAUGUCGUGAUUUUGGAGAUAUUUUGGCAGAACGUGAUGAAGAAAUAAAACGCUUGCAAGCAGAAUUAGCUCGUGCACAUGAAGAAAAUACACGGUUGCAGAAAAAUGCUGAUGGUACUCGAACAUUACAAGCACAAGGAGAUAACCAAAUUUUGGAACAGUAUGGCAUCGAUCAUCAUGGCACUGUCAGCGUUGUUACUAAUGAAAACGUGGAAGAAGUUGUGUCGGUAUCCAGUCGAGAAUCAGCGCACGAAGAGGUGGAAUUUGAUGACCAAGUCGAUCGAGUGUUAACACCUGGUGCUAGUGCUGUCGAAGCAAUCAAUGUUUCCAGUCCUGAGUCUGUUCACGAAGCACCCGAACCAGAAACUAUAUCUAGCGAUGAACAAGAUGUUAUUGAUGUAUCAUCUAGCAAAGAUUCAUCCAUUAUUUAG